CCGUCUCAGAUGCAGAGUUUUCCUGUGCUCUGCUGGCUGUACUCGACGACAUGUGUGUACCGAAUAGGGAGUACAAUUCCACUGGCUGCAGCAAAGAAUGACUUUGCGCGCUCGAGUCACCGAUCGUCUCGCAGCUGGUGUUUACCGUUCCCAGCUCAUUGGCGCCCCGAAUACAUGCCCAGUUUCACCGUUCCAAUCCAGGUAGGAGAAGUGCAUCUUUUACUUGCCAACACAGUGGGUGCUUGUUCGCCCGGUCCAGCUACCGGAUUCAGCUAUCCAUAGUAUGGUCGUAGGGGAGGUGUUGACGGCUACAUGGAUCCGAGAGGCCCCAUAGCUGCGCGCAGUCGAACAUGGUGAGCUGAAAGCAACUGGACUUGCAAUACAUGGAACAUGAAAGACGGGACUCCCGUCACGCAGCGG